ACAACCUCCACGAAGAGGAAAGCUAUUUAAUGAUCCACUGCCUAAUGGCAACUAAAACUGCGAUUGCCCAAAAGUGGAAAUCCACACAGGCUCCCACGUUACCAGAGAUUUUAGGUAGACUAGAUUCGAUAUAUAAUUACGAGCGCAUGGCGAGUCGUAUCACUGAGAGGCAGCGUAGACAUGAAACAAGGUGGCGCAUAUGGGUGGAUUAUAGGUAUGGUAAGAUGUAA